AGCUGUGCAAUAGCGAGGAGGUGCCCGAGGUAGAGAUUGUAAGCCUUCUUCAAGAGCAUAUACCAAAAUAUCGUCUAAGAGCAGACAGUCUCACACAAUUCGGAGGGUACGAGAAUCAAGAUUGGUUCAUACCGUCGCCGGCGCUGCCAGUCAGCGACGAAGAUCUUGCACUUACACCUGACCAGAUCAGGGAGACGCUCAAUUAUUUUCUUCUAUGCAGCAACAGGGUGAGCCAAAUGACAAAAACCUACAAUGACAUUGAAGCGGUAACACGGCUCUUAGAAGAAAAAGAGAAAGAUUUAGAGCUGACGGCGCGUAUCGGCAAGGAGUUGCUGACUGCGAACGGUCGGCUCGAAUCUCGCGUGACCGCGCUCGAGGGCGAGCUUCGCGGCGCUCGCGACCUUAUCACUCAGCUGCGGCACGAGCUCACCGCCAAGAGUGAUCUGCUACAGGUUUUAACAAAUGACACAGAGGAGAGCUCGCCAACCGAGGAACAACAAGAAGCGGCGACGGCGGCGCUGCUGAAGCGUCGGACGGGCGCGCUGGAGCGUGAGAACCGUUCGCUCAGAGAGGAGGCCGCGCGCCUCGCCGCCGGCGCAGACUCCGCCGAGCUGGCGGAGCGGCAGCUGCUCAGGGACAUCGCUGCUCAGCUAUCGAGCGCUAAUACCGAAGCGAGUGCGCUUAGUUCGGAGCUAGCAGAGGAGAGGCAACGUUCAGCUGAUCUCCAGCAGCAACUCGACAGCACUAACGUUAGACUUGCUGUCACCGAGAGGAAUUUGCAGCAGUUAUCUGCGGAACACGAACAUUCGUUACGAAUCUUAGAAAUAACAAAAGAUAAUCAAAAUGCUCUUGCUGCUGAACUGGCGGACGCAAAGGAGCGGUACGCGGAGGUGGCGGCGCUGCUGGCGGAGGCGCAGGAGCAGCUGCGCGCGGCGCGGCGGCGCGGCGAGGCGGCGCGCGGCCUCAUGCCGUCCGUGGCGGCCGCGGCCGGCCUGCUGCCCGCCAGCCUGCACCGCGAGAUGCACUCCUCCGUCUACUCCGAGCUCAGCCUCGACUCCGGCAUCGGCGACCCGCUCGCGCACUCGAGCAUGCAAAAAGUUUUCGAAACGGUCCAGUGUGCGUCUCGCUGGUCUGGCGCAUCUCUGUCCGGGUCGGACGCGGAUACGCAGCCGGUGUACAAGCCGCCCAUCAAGCCGACGUCUUCUGACUCAUUCUUCGAAGACACGUCUGACACUGAAUCGGAGGACUUAUACCCUGGCAACACAGCGGUCGGGGUGCCAGGCGCUCCGGGAGCAGCUGAGCUAGCGGCUGCUCUACGGCGACUCACGCCACAGGAGAUCAACUCGAGACGCGCCUCGUUAGCCGCGUCACAUGUCAUUAGAAAUAGAAGGCGAAAUGAAAGGGAUGUAAGUGAAGAAAGUGCAGUAUGGGGUGCAGGUGCGGCUGGCGGUCUGGCGCGCUUUAGGACCCCACAUAAACUUCAAAUUGUUAAACCAUUGGAAGGUUCUCUCACUCUACACACAUGGGCUCAACUUGCUAAGCCAACCAUGUCAGGCUUAUUAGAAGAACAAGAAGGUGUCGGAGUGAGGGGAUCGAGAUCAGCACAAGCACUCGGUAUGAGAGUAUACCGACUGUCAGAUGUCGAGGAAGACGACGAUAUGCCGAGACUACCGCAUUCUAGCCACAUAUAUACUUUUACGAACAGCACGGUCUUACAUCCAAACGAUGGCAGCCUCGUAGGUAGCAGCGUGAGCAGCGUCUGCAGCAGCGGCAUGAGCAGCCUCGCCAGCAGCGUGCUCGGCAGCGCGUGGAGCUCGCGCCUCACCUCCCGGCGAUCCUCCGCGGCGGUCUCCCCCGUGCUCUCCCGACGCGAGUCCUUCUGCGCGCCGCCCUCCCGGCCGCACUUCACGCCCACGGCGACGCCCGCCAACAGUCCUCUCCUCGGCUCGCCCGACUCGUCUCCGCCCCCGACGCCCCGUCCGGGCGACGCCCCGCCUUCCCUCCACGCUCUAAUCGCGAGCGGUACCUCGAUCCUGCGACGGCGUUACCUGACGUCGCCGGCUUCCGACGGCUCGCCGGCACCUCUCACACUGCAGACUCCCGGAUCUCUUUAUACGGGUCUAGUUCAUCGUAGUCCCAUGGAGCAGUUGACGUGCCUAAAGCGUAAUCUUCGAUCGCCGGCGGCUCCGCCUCCCGAUCGAAGCGACGCUACAAACUCACCGCUCGGCGUUCCGGCACAUCCGGGAGAAGGUGCGUUGGACGCGGUCACGUCGACGGCGGCCGCGAGUAUGAACGGGAGACGCCCACGUGCGCGUGCGCCGCGGCCACGCACCGAUUUGGGGACGGUGGGGGCGACGCCGACCCCAACUUCUUGUCCGCCAACUCAGUCGACCCCUCUGGGCACACUCAGCACCUUUCUUUUCGGUCGGAAAGGUGGUUUACUGUGAGAGUGAUAACUAAUUAUCCCGGCUACUGUUAGAGGUGCUACUGCGAUGCCACGCGACGGUCGCUCGGACGCAGCUCGCUAAAUCGAACCGCGAACGGCGGAUCGAGCCGCGUUACUUGAAGUGAUUUCGUUUUCCGUGUGCAGUCUUAUUUUAUCGAUUUUCGUACUUGUGAUUUAGUUGUAGACAAACGAUUUUUUUAAUGUUACAGUGUGAUCUACCUAUUGUGGAUUUAGUUAUAAGCGUCCAAGUAUCAUCGAUGCGAAUGAUAACAUUUUAUGUUUUGAAAGUUUUAUGUUUGAGUAUUUGUGUUUUAAAUCGUUUUGACGUUGUUUAUUUAGUAUUCACUAAUUGUUUUUACAACAUUAUUUUUGCAUUUAUAUGUUUGAAAUUUACGAAUCUGAUUGGAUCUUUACUGACAUGCUCACAAUAAAGGUGUGAUCAACAUAGCACCUUCUCUCUAUCACAUUCCCUUUGAAGAGAUUAGUAUUAAUUUUGAUGCGAUAAUUUAAAUACCGAGGACCAAGGUGCAUCUGUCACAAUCUGCGAUUAAAAUGUAAAUCAAUCUCUGAGCAAAAAAUUUUAUAAUCACACUUGAGAGUAUCAAUAAAGACAAACUUUUUCAAAUAAUUUUGAUUAGUUGAAAUAUCACAUAUGUCUUAGGCUUGAUUGGUCCUUUGUCGUUUUUUUUUUUUGGCAACUAACAAUAAUUUUAAUUUAUUAUCAUUUUUGACAUUUUGAUUAAUAUAAUAUUUAUUAUACGAUCAAUAUGCAAUUCGAAAUGUGUAUUAUUGUAAAUAGUUAAAUUUCCAUUAAUUUAGAAGAGUACAAAAUAUUUAUGUUUGUAUAAAUAAAAAAUAGCAAUAAUAAUAAUGAUUAAUGACUUACUUUCAAUUAAGUAAUUCACGAGUAAUAAUUAUAGUAAUAUAAUUAUAUCAAUAAACUACGCAAAAUCAUCGAAAAUUUGUAAUUUUCUAAAUCAUUACAUAUUUGUGCAUUUGCUAUUUAGUUUUCUAACUUAACUAAUCCAGGGACUAAGCGAUACAUGGUGCAUGUCAUAGUUUAAGAAGUUAUUUUGUGCAAAGUAAUAAAUUAUCAAUAUUAGGUGAGAAUGGCGAUCACGGUAAUAAAAAAAUGUUUUUUUUUUUUAAUUUGUACUUUUGAUAAAUUUAUGAUUUAUUUAUGCUUAUAUAUUAUUUAUUUAUCCUUAAUAUUUAAAUAUGUUGGAGAAGUUAUUGAUGAGUCAGCAUUUUAAUGUAUAAAACUAAGUAUUAUUAAACAAUGAAAAUUGAUUCCUAGAAGUUAUAGUUACUUUAGCCUUACUUAACAUCACCUUAAUUUAUGUGACUUAAAACUUCUCCAAUUUACUCGGUGCUAGAUAACAAUGCCAGUAAGGUUUCCUUUAUAGUGCGGUUUAUUUAAUCGCACUGUUUUAGUUUUAGUUUAUCAAUCUACAGAAUCACGUAGAUUUUAUAGGAUAUAUAUAUAAAAUUUUUGUUCAGUUCUAGUGCUCAUUGUAGUAAAUGAAUCAAAUGGUUACUGAUGGAAGUAGUCAGCGAGGCUGUGAGGCAAUACAUAUUGAUUUCGAUUGUGUUGUAAGAUUUGAGGUAAUAAAUAAUGAUAACAAGGGUUAGGCACAAACUGUACAGUAUAGAAAUAAAUUGUUGAGAUUUGACGAUAACAACAUGGUUAGCGAUGAUUGUAUUAUAAUAGAAAUAUAAAUUAUUCCAUGAUGA